AUCAACCACUCUUGCACUCUCAGAAAAAGAUCGACAAGCUCGCUCAUUAAUGCAAGCAGAACAGAAUCCACAAUCAUGGAGAAUCGAAGUCCGCGCCAAAGCCAGAAACUUCAAUUUCAAAUUCAACGCAACAAAACUCUCACCCACAUGGAAGUUCCACCGACUCUCUCUUCUGCUCAAGCUUCACAGCUUCUUCCUCGGACUAAAUUCACAUUCUUCUCCUUCAAUCCCUACCCAACCGCAACAGCAAACCCUAAAAUCCAAAUUGCGCGGAAUCCUCAGCAAAAUCCGAUCUAAAACGACCAAGAAAUGGCCGAAUCGUCGGAAAUCUAAAACUAAUUCUGCCCUAAAUCGAUUGCGAAAGUACACAAAAGAGAAACCGAUCUGUUUUGGUUCUUUGCUCGCUUUGAUUCUUGGACUUGUGAUUCGGAAACGAGAAAUUUUCGUAUAUUUCUUGGGAAUUUUGGCAUGCAUUGCUUUGCUUCUUCUGAAGAAAUUUGAAUCGGUAAAAGCAAAUAAGUUUCUUGUUCUCUCAAUUGCAAUAAUGGCGUUCUCAUGUUCUGUAGUGUUUGAUUUUACUAAUCUUUACAUGAAAUAUAUGGAAGGAUACGCUUCGAAAUAUGCUGGACUGCUAUGGAAAUUUAUUGCAUCUCUUAUAUGGAAUACACUGAGAAACUAACUUCUUUUUUCCCAUCAUUUCUGUUGUUUUUUCUUUU